AUGAGAUAUGCACCAGAAUUCAAGAAGUCCCCGUCGCACCUCCUGAAGAAGUUUGCAGUGUGCGACAUUCCUCUGUAUGACAUAUGUGACUACAACGUCACCAGGGAUCGCUGCAAGGAACUCGGGUGCUGCUUCUACAAAGGCGUCUGCUAUGAGAAAGCGGUUCCCAUUUACGUGCAGGUGUUUUCUGCCUUGGUCGUGGUCAUCGCCGGGGCCUUCAUUAUCACCGUGAUCUGCAGAGUUGUCCAAGAGAGGUGGAGGGAAAAGGAAGUCCCUACGGAAAUACCUGUGUCAUCCAAGCCCAGCACUAAAGCUGAGACGGUCCCCGCUGAGCGGCCGGCGUCGAAGGCUUCGAGCACAGACCCGACACACAAGAGCUGGGACACCAGCGGGGAGUAUGCAACAUGGACAAUGGAAGAAGAAUAUGAAACGGAGGACUGAAGUGCGUCAUAAAGACCAAGUGAAGGCUGGCAGAAACCUCGGCACGAAGCGGGGCAGCCGGUGAGCGAUGGCUGAGAUACGAGGAAAUGG